AUGUCUUUGCCGAUAUUUUCUCGUAAAUCAGCAUUGAAACGACAUCUCCUUCGGCCCCAUGCAGGAGGCAGCACUUCUAAACCACAAUCAGAGCCUGAAUUGGCUUCCCUAUCGCUAGGCACUCUUGAAAUGUCUAUCGAUUCUCGUAUGCUGCCAAAUCAGUCCGAUCUACCAACUUAUGGCGUGCCUACGGACUUACCGGACGAAUUCGAUAUAGAUGAGCUAUUCGAACCGACAGCCACGUCAGAUAUCUUUACUGGUACUUUAUUUGGCAGCAAGACCAGAUGUAUCAGCUAG